UCUUCCUGGUUUUGUCAACUUGACUUUUUUUCCUUUUCUGACAAGAGUUGAACUUAACCAGAUCUGCGAAGCCUUUUUUUUUCAAACCUUAAAAUGCCAACUGCCGCCUCAAGUGUUUUAUGACGGAAGCCAAAGAAAGACAUCAACAUGUUGCUACUGUUUUGUUUGUUGGUUAUCACGCCGAAUGAAGCGUCGACGCACUCGCGAGACCCGCAACUCUCGUCCGUGAGCGAGGUGUUGGACGACUUCGAGGUGCUGGCGCCGUCCAGCUUACGCACGCAUUCGAUCCGUCGCCGAGACCUGCUCAGCACUCACGUGGAGAAAGAGAUCAGCUUCCACGCGCUGCAAAGACACUUCCGUCUCUACCUGAGGACCAACGAGCACAUCUUUACCCGAGACUUUUCCGCCUGGGCCGUGGACCGGGACGGCGAGCGAGAGCUGCGCGUAGACCGCCACGCUUUCUUCACCGGACACGUUAUCGGUGAAGAGAACUCUCGAGUUCAAGCGCACAUGAAGGACGGCGACUUCUCUGCCCGCAUUCUCACACAGGAUGGCGAAUAUACUAUCGAGCCUCUUUGGAGGUUCACCACGCCCUCCGACGACCGUCUGCUGGCGUAUCGCUCGGACCGCGUCCGAAACCCAGACCGAUCGCGGCGGCCCUCCGUCUGCGGGUACGUGGACGGCGACCCUGGCCGCCUGCUACCCGAUGGGGCGGCCGGCGCCGCCGAGGACGACGAAGAGUGCACGUGGCGCGCUCGACGCGAUGCGAAUUCGCACAGUAAGAACACGUGCCCUCUGCUGUUGGUGGCCGACCAUCGCUUCUUCACGUACAUGGGACGCCGCGACGAGAGCACCACCCUAAACUACCUUAUCGAGCUGAUAGACCGUGUAGACGACAUCUAUAGAAACACGUCGUGGGACGACGACUUCUCGGGCUACGGCGUCCAAAUCCAACAGAUCAUCGUGGAGAAGACGCCGACCCCGGUGUCGCCGGGAAACGUUCACUUCAACAUGCUUGGAAGUCCCGUGGAGGGUCGAGACGUGUGGGACGUCAAAAGGCUCUUGGAGCAAUUCAGCCUGGACGUGUCGGAGAAGGCGGCCAACGUUUGCCUGGCACACUUGUUCACCUACCAGGACUUUGCCGAGGGCACCCUAGGACUAGCGUACGUGGCGCCGGUCAAGGGCGACAUCCCAGGUGGGCUCUGCUCCAAAGGUGGCCCUGGGGUCGACCGCCGGGUGGUGUACCUCAACACCGGACUUACCAGCACCAAAAACUACGGCAAGACCAUCCUGACCAAGGAAGCCGACUUGGUGACGACGCACGAGCUAGGGCACAACUUCGGAGCGGAGCACGACCCCGACAACGUCCCCAACUGCGCCCCCCGAGAGGACCAAGGAGGGAAGUACGUCAUGUACCCCAUUGCAGUUAGCGGAGACCACCUCAACAACAAGGUGUUCUCCAAGUGCUCCAAGCGUUCCAUCGUCAAGCGCCUGCGCUCCAAGGCCACGUCGUGCUUCAAGGAACGGACGGUCAACGUUUGCGGAAAUUCUCGGGUUGAACCCGGAGAGGAGUGCGACCCUGGCCUGCUGCACUUGACCUCUGACCCCUGUUGCACUGCCAAGUGCCGCCUCAAGGAGGGAGCGCGAUGCAGUGACAGGAACAGCCCGUGCUGCAGGAAGUGCCAGCUGGAGACGGCGGGAAAAGUUUGCCAGGAGCCCAUCGACGCCACGUGCAAGGGACGUUCGUACUGCACGGGCGAAAGCGAAGACUGUCCGCCUCCUGAAAAUGCUCUGGACCACACGCCGUGUUUGGACAGCGGCGAGUGUCAAAAUGGCUCGUGCGUUCCUUUCUGUCUGGCCGUCCUGAAGCUGGAGCCUUGUGCCUGCAACGAAACGGACGCCUCCUGUCAGGUGUGCUGUCGCAGCGAGAGCGGCGUGUGCGCUCCCUACCGUGACGCGGAAGGUCACUUCCUCUUUCUGCGCAAAGGCAAACCCUGUACGGUGGGCUUCUGCGACGGCGCGGGCAAGUGCAUGAAGCAGGUGCAGGACGUGGUGGAGCGACUGUGGGACUUUAUCGACAAGUUGGACAUCAACACGUUCGCCACCUUCCUGGCCGACAACUUGGUCGGCUCCGUCGUGGCCUUCUCGCUGCUUUUCUGGAUCCCCUUAAGUGUACUGGUACACUGCGUGGACAAAAAGGUGGACCGCCAAUAUGAGCAGACCACCAAGUCUCUCUUCUUUCCAAGCAACGCGGAACUCAUGAGCAGCCCGGAGACCGCUUCAGUGCGAAUACUCAAAGUGCCCGACAUGCGCUUUCGGGCGUCCGGGCCCCCGGAGAGCGCCGGCGUGGACGAAGCGGCGCUGCAGGCGGCGUUCGGGCGUCCGCAGAGAUCGGUUGCGCGUUCCUUCGAGGACCUGACGGAGCAAAACUUGGCGGCAGUGCCGAAACUGAGACGUCAGCAACGUGUCGACGGCGAAGAAACUCUGUGCUGAUCAUGCCGUGGCAUUCAAAACUUUGUCGGACGAUCGGAGUCCGGGUUUGCACGCGACUAAGACUCGAUUUGACCUUCGAGUCUAGCGGCGAUGGCCAAAGCGCCAGUUGAUCUGGAGGUACGCAACUGAGGACGUGUCCAGAAAUCUUUGCAAAUGCUUCCCUGACUUGCUCUACUGUCCUUGACAAAAGUCUUGUCGCUUAUCCAUUUUGUAGAAACAAUUUGGAAUUUUUUAUUGUCAUCAUCAUCGGUAUCAUUGACAAUUACAAAAUGUGAUAUGAUUUGCCCAAAGGAACCGAAGAAGACGACAAAGGCGGACGGGAUGAAGCAUAUCCUUAUCAGUUUCCCGUCCCCCAUACAACUAAAGACGCACAUUCAGGCAUGGAACAUACAUCAAAACUGUAAAAUAACACAGUCAACAAUCUGGGUUUAGUAACUCAGCGUCCAGUCAAGCAGUUCAAUUAAUUUCAGGGCGUACAGCUUCGUCAUGUCCCUGACAUUUUUGCAUCCGUUCGCUGUGGAACAUUUUGUUGUGGCUAUGUAUGUGGCGUGUUAUCAUAGCUGGUGUGAGUAGCUGCUAAUAACCUGACUUUUAAUGAUUUAAUUGGUUUCAGAAAUGGCUCAUAUGAAAGCUAAGGCCCUCCCAAAUGAUGUUGAAUCUACAAAAAUAGAUUUGUUUCACUGAUUAUCAUUUGACAAAGACAUAAAGGUCAAAUUUUGGCAAGACAAAAGUUUUGUUGCCUACAGAAAGUAGUCUGAAAAUUGAACAAAAAAAAAAGUACUUCAAAUACAAAAAUAUGUUACAUAACA